AUGUAAUUAGGUGAAAAGCAAUAAUUAAAUUGAUUAUGUUGUACACUUGAAUCAAUUAAUUACAAUUUCAUUCUGUUGCAGAUGAAUAAAUGCACCUCUUCAAGGUCUACAGAAUUAUUAAAUGAAGGAAUUACUCAGAAUUACUGACUGCAUGUCGCUGCAACAUCUGUGCUACAAAAGACAAGGGGUGGACUCUUCUACUACUACAUGGGAACCCGUCUUCAUGAACGCGGCGCGAUACAUCGGCAGUGCUGACGACGAUAUCGUGGACAUAGUCAGUACGUUUUGUGCCCCCGGAAAAUUCAACAACAACACCACCGACGCUUUGGUAUCAACAUCGUCGACGACGCCGGCGCAACCCGCGCCCCCCGCCCCCUCAAGAGGCGCCCUAAGAGCGCAGGCGCGCAGUGAGCGACGGGCCGCGAAGUUGUGUUUCUCCAUGUACGAUAUAAGUCUUCUAUAUGGGCAUGUACUUUCAAAAUUUGAUGCUCAUCUUGCUGACGAGGUGGAGGACAUUUUAUCCAAUCCAACCAAGGAUAAAUAUCAGCAUUUAAAAGCAGAACUCAUUAAGCGUUUUUCCACGUCGAAAAAGCAGCGUACUCGACAAUUGUUGAGCGAAGAACAGCGAGGAGAUCGAAAGCCGACUGCUUUCCUUCGCCACCUGCGAAACUUGGCUGGUCCCAAGGGCGAUGAGGACAUAAUACGCGAGCUAUGGAUCCGCCACCUGCCAGGUGAGAUUCAAAGAAUUUUAAUAGCACAAGAAGACUUACCUUUAGAGAAAUUAGCCGAAAUUGCCGACAAUAUCAUGGACACAUUACCUCACACUCCAGCCGCAAUCAAUGAAACGAGAACAUUAUCUCCACAAAAUUUGGAAACGCUUAUGCACCGCAUCGAUGAGUUAAGUAGGAAGGUUGAUGCACUCAGUAGAAACAACACACGAAUAACUCGUUCUGCCUCGUGCUCGAAGUCAAGGUCAAUGUCAUCAUCUCGUUCUGGCACGCGUUUGUGCUGGUAUCACAAAAAGUUUGCUGGUAAGGCUAGAAAAUGCGUUAGCCCAUGUUCCUGGUCAUCUGAUAACAAGGAAAACUUCAGAAGCAGUCAGUAG